UCCUUGUUUCCACGCCACGCCGUCCACGGUCGGCCAAACCAGCAUCAGCAUCAUCUUGAGCAGCAGCAUCCUCUCUGCACACACCAUGUCCUCCCCCCUCCCCACCCGCCCCCCGGGGCCACCGGUGAAGGAGUCUUGAGCACCGGGAUUUGGCCGGCAGUCUCGCCGCUGUAUGACCGCGGAUUAACUGUAUGCUCACGUCGACCAGGAAAAGGAGCCAGCGCCUGAGCGGGCUCACUUGCAGCCAUGGCUGAAGGUGGGGAAGGAGAGGAUGAGAUUCAGUUUCUCAGAACUGAUGAUGAAGUGGUGCUCCAGUGUGUGGCCUGCAUUCAGAAAGAGAAUCGAAAAUUUUGCCUGGCUGCUGAAGGGCUGGGCAACCGGCUAUGUUACCUGGAGCCCACGUCUGAGGCAAAGUAUGUCCCUCCAGACCUAUGCAUCUGUACCUUUGUGCUGGAACAGUCGCUGUCGGUGCGGGCCCUGCAAGAGAUGCUGGCUAAAAGUGGACAGAACAAUGAAGGGGCAGCGCAGAGUGGUGGCCACAAGACUCUACUGUAUGGACACGCCAUCCUCCUACGGCACUCAUUCAGUUCCAUGUACCUGGCUUGUUUGAAGACAUCAAGGUCACAGACCGAUAAGCUAUCAUUUGAUGUCGGCCUACAGGAGGAUUCAACAGGUGAGGCUUGUUGGUGGACAAUCCACCCUGCCUCUAAGCAGAGAUCAGAAGGAGAGAAGGUGCGCAUAGGUGAUGACCUCAUCCUUGUCAGCGUGUCCUCUGAGCGAUAUCUUCAUUUAUCAAUUUCCAAUGGCAACAUUCAGGUGGACGCAUCCUUCAUGCAGACGUUGUGGAACGUCCAUCCCAUCUGCUCUGGCAGCAACAUAGAGGAAGAUGAGACCAUUGGUUCCGCCACUCUCAGGGUGUGCUGGCAGGGAAUUAUGGGCAGCAGCAAUAGGAAAAGACAGCUCAAAAUAUUAAACACGGAGUACCUGGCUUGUUUGAAGACAUCAAGGUCACAGACCGAUAAGCUAUCAUUUGAUGUCGGCCUACAGGAGGAUUCAACAGGUGAGGCUUGUUGGUGGACAAUCCACCCUGCCUCUAAGCAGAGAUCAGAAGGAGAGAAGGUGCGCAUAGGUGAUGACCUCAUCCUUGUCAGCGUGUCCUCUGAGCGAUAUCUUCAUUUAUCAAUCUCCAAUGGCAACAUCCAGGUGGACGCAUCCUUCAUGCAGACGUUAUGGAACGUCCAUCCCAUCUGCUCUGGCAGCAACAUAGAGGAAG